AUGCCCACUCGGAAGCGGGCGUCGUUUGCGGAGUCCAUGGCCGCAGCGAGGCCUGAGAAUCGCGAGAGCGCGAUGAAGCGGUUACAUCAGGAUGUGCUGGCUCAGACGACUCAGGGCCCAUUGUCGAGCAGGGUCAAGACUUGGCAUGAGUGGUGCCGCGCUUGGGGCGUUUUGCCUUUUCCUUUGGAUGUCCACAAUAUUUCUUGUGCCGCUGCUAGCAUGAAAGCAGGGGGUUACCGUUCUUGCGCGCAGUAUUUUUCUGCAGCGGUCAAGCAUCAGGAGCGAGACUUGCACAUUCGAGUGGAUGACGUGCUCAGGCAACUGAUCAGAGAUUGUCGUCGCAGCAUCUUGCGAGGAUUGGGACCGGAGUCGCUCAAGGACGCCUUUGAUGUGGCUGCUCUUCGGCCACUGCUCCAGUUAGCGGCAUCCAAUGUGACUGCAGGUUUUGCUUUUCCAGAUCGGGACGGCAAGGAGCUCAAGAAGUCAGCGGUGAUAUCUGCCUUUAGGCGGGUCGCCUACAACAGAGGUUUCAAGGGCACAUGUGCCGCGUGUCCGGCUUCUAGCUCUGUUGCCGGCGAUCUUCAGCCGGUCUUGGAUCAGUUGGCUUCCUUGCAGGAGGAAGUUGAAGCGCUCAAGAGGGCGGCCCCGCCUCCCGACGGAGUCCUGGUACAGACCGUCUGCGGCUGGCCAUAUGGUAUUCGCAACUUUCUGCGAGUGGUCCCUUCAGAUUUCGCAGAGGCAGAUCAGUGUCAGAGGCAGGCAGCUCUUUUAGCUCGCAUUUCAGUCGCGGCGGAUCGCACCCGGGUGCCAAACGAGUGGUUUCAGAUCUGUUUUGCUUCUUGCUUCGGCCCUCUCGAAACGUGCCCUCCCGAGGAUCGCUACCAUGGGCCCUGGAUCGCCUCAGUUGGUUGUGUUCGGGGUCUUUUGGUUCGGGGUUCUUUGAGCGGCGACUUCGCAACAACACUCCCGGACUUGGUUGCCAUCCUGGCUCAGGGUCCUCCCUUGUUCCAGCAGGAGUUCGACGACAGCGAGUUCAGCGACGUUCAGAUGGCCGAGAUCGUUCGAGUGCGGUGUGAGGCCGCGGGGAUAGUUCAGAUCGGCUCAGAGAGCAGCCAUGCGUGGGUGUACAAACAUGCGUCGGUGUUCCCUCCGAGUCUUGCCAGUUGCUCGUCAGCAGUUACGUGGUUCGUGCAGUGCUCCGGUGUGGUCGGCAUUGCCCAUGAUCGAUCGCUGCAGGCUCAGGCGAGCGAGUCGACUCUAGCUGACAUAGCCGUCCAAGCCGGGGCGGGUUCGGAGGUCACAGAUUACUUGGAGCAGCGAGGGCUUCGCUGUGCUGGGGCCCUCGCUUUAAUCGCGAGUGAUGUUGAUCAGCUUGACAAUGUACUCGUGGCUCCACUGCUCGCGGGAUGGCGUCCCGACCCCGGAGUUCCAGGCAUUCAUCUUUCAGAUGACGAGAAGCCGAUAGCCAAAGCUGUUCUGCGGUUCAUGUGGGUGUUGGCGACUGAAGCCAGAAAGCGAGCCGCGGCAAGCGCCGUGGCAAUCCCCAAAGCGUCUUCCCCCGCGGCUGCCACGGUUACACCUGCUGUCGAAGCCAAGACUCCCAAGACUUUGCCGGCAGGUGAAUGGCGAACUCUCAUUGAUCGGUACAACAAAAUCACCCUUAACGGGGAACCCAGAGAGUUCCCCGAAGAGGAGCUUUUAGGUGCGGAAUCGGUCGUUGCACGGGCCAACGGAUUGGUGAAUCCGCUCGCAAAGCGGAGUCGCUCGACCAAACUUUCGGUUGAGGACGGCAUCUUGCGCGAGGAGCCUGAUCAGGAGGACGAUUGGGUUCCCCGGGGAUCGUUGAGCAUCAUAGACGGCCUCAAUUCCAUUCGCUGGAUCUACAUUUUGUGCGAGGUUGGGCCGGAGACUUGGGUGCACAAGUACUUUGAUGCGAUGAUCAAGCGCAGCCGCAUCAAGCCCAACUUGGUGGACAAAUUCAAGACCUACUUCGAGCGAGCCUCGUGGAAGCUUUGCUCCGAUCUUCGUUCCAAUAAGACAUUCAAGGAAGCCUCCCAAGCCAUCAUCCAGGACGUUUCUUCUUUCCAGGAGGCGCUCAUCCGGGACGAGCCGGCCGCCUCGAUCGCGAACAAGCGGAAGGUUGAUGAGACGCCCCACGGCGAUGCAUCGCAGACGAUCCCUGCUUGGAAGCGCGUCAAGGGCAAGGAUGGCAAGAACUCCAAAGGCGGGGGACGCAAGGGCUCCUGGAAGGGCAAGGACAGCAGCAAGGACAAUGGCAAGGGUUCGGAUUGGCAGCGACCUUGGUACCCCAAUCCCGGUUGGCGGCGCCAGGACGGUGCCGACAAUAGG